AUGGAGUCAUGCGCAUCGAUUCUUCUCGAAGGAGUGACGGGCGGGGAGGAAAGGGAGCUGCGCAUCGAACAUCUCGAAAACAAAACGGACGCGAAAUCGCCACGCCCGCAAGCUGUUGUUGUCACCGACUCGAAUGGCAAUGAUGACGAUCGAACGAAAAAGGACGAACAGGUGGAGAUCCGCGAUUCGGUGAGCACCGACCCGAAAACCGGACUGAAGAAGAGGACCAUCGUGACCGAAAGAGUACUCACCACAAAGACCUUCCAUGCAUUGUCCUUGGACCCGGCUCCUUCGAUGGCACCCGUGAGCAAUGGCCGAAUACUGAGCCCGGGUUAUCAGGCCCGGGUCGUGCACAUCGACGCCAAACAGUUGAAUCAGAUAGAAGUCGAGACGAUCUCUGGACAGCUGGUAGUGACGCGAGUAAAUGCUUCUGCGAACCAUGAUAUCCAUCCUGGUGAUACGAUAACCCACGUCAACGGUAAAGCUGCACUGCAUCAGUCAGCGAUUUCCGGCCUAUCCGGACGCAUAACUCUCACACUUGUUCCGGCUGCCAUACAUGGAGCUCCAUCAGUGUUUUAUCGGGUCAAUAGUGAUUAUAAUUCGGACGCAGAUGAUACGAGGAUCUGCCGAUGGCUGUCCAUAGAUGUGAAGAAGGGAGAUGUAGUACAAAUUAUGAGUCAAGAUGACAACUGGCUGCAGGCCAGAAAGGUCAAUGAUCUAUCAAGAGUCGGUUACCUGCCUGCGUCUUUGUCGAAAGAGAAGGUAGCAAUGUUAUGUCCUUUUGGUCGAAGGGUGCUCGUCCUUCUUGGAGCCGUUGGUGUAGGACGACGAACUCUGAAGUCAAUGCUUCUCAGAGCUGCCCCUCAAUAUUUCGCCACUGUUGUUCCUAUGACCUCUCGAGCAGCUCGUCCGGGCGAACAAGAAGGUCGCGAAUACCAUUUUGUGACCAAAGAAGAGAUGCUCAAGAAGAUACGCAAUGGCGGAAUGAUCGAGUGGGGAGAACUUGACAACCAGCUGUAUGGCACAGACGCAGAUGCCGUCCGUGAUGUAGUACGAAGUGGACGGAUGUGCGUGUUGGACUGUGCACCUCAGGCACUUUCGCACCUGUACAAUUCAGAAUUUAUGCCUUUCGUCGUUCACAUCGUCCCACCACAACUGGAAGAGUUCCUGCAAUUAGAAAAUCUGCGACAAAAUAAGCGGCCAGUCGAUCAAUUGAGCAAGGUGUGUGCUGAAAGUGAUCAAAUCGCCAAUGGUCCUCAUGCGGAUCAGAUUCACCUCACCCUAAUGAACCGAAAUAUGGAUGUGACCUUCAAAAGGUUAACCGAUGCUUUGGAGCUACUACGAAACGAUACCCAAUGGGUACCAGAAAGCUGGAUGUCAUAAUGUACAUAUCGAGAAUUUCUAGUCAUUUAUUAUUCGUGCUUUCUCUUUCUAAAAAAAUAUGGCGAAGCGCUAUUGACAUAGGCGCAGUGUACCUUCAAAUUCGGUGUUGUUUGUAUCAAAUGGCUGUUCGUUAUCUGUUAUCAUUUCUUUCAUACUGCCAGUAGUGUGCGAAGUACACUAAGACUUUGCAAAGCUUCGGCGUCUGAUCUGAUCUCUUAUAGUCUACCUGUGAAGCAGAGUUUCAUGAAUUAAAUGCUUUCC